GCGGGAAAUACGUUCGAACGUAUGCGACGUGAAAAUUUUGGGGAACACUGUGAGACCAUGUAGAAGAGCUUCCAAAAAUGAUGUACAAUCAUCUGGGACACCCCUGUAAUAUAUUUCACACAAAUUACACCCUUUUGCGCCGAAGACAAGGUUAAAUACAGUUAUUUCUUUGUUCCUGAUUGCGGAAGGAACAUAGCACGCAUGCCCGAGUUGUUGAAUCUGGGUCAUGGGAACAACAUCGUCGGGGGCGGUUACCCUGACAAUUUUGAAGUGCCUUGUUGUGUUUUACUCGUCCUACUAUGUCGUGGGCAGCAUUUGUUUUGCUUCCUUCAGGUUGCAAAAAUUUGAUGGUAAAAUUCCUUUUGAUUUCCACAAUUGGAUUGACCUGGGUGGCUGCUGCGGAAAUUUAACAAGUAUUGAAAUUGUCAAUACUCUGUCCAUGGAGAUUACGUUUGUAGUUAGUGGCUUACUGUUUGGAGCUUUAACUGCACACCGGUUGUGGGACUACGCCAUAACAGUUUCAGUGCUGCACAUUGCGCUAUCCUGUUUAGUGAUGCUGUCAUUUCCACUCAGUUGGUCAUGGUGGGUUUGUUUAGUGCUAGCAGCUGUACAGAUGAUUGCAUUUGGUGAAGCUGUGACAUAUGUCAGGAGGAAGAAACUUCAGGGAAAAAUCUCUCCAGCCAUUGAGCUUAAAGAACCACAAAAUUACUUAUACAAAAAGUUAUGAAUUUUUUAAAACUUGCUUUAUUAUUUUUUUAUAAUAUGUUUUAACAUGUCUGUGGAUGUUUAUAUCCACUAUUCAUUACUCAUGUGGCCUUUAGAUCAUCUGUUUUGAAAAUAAGAAUAACACAAUUUUAGCAGCUUCCUUGUCCUGGUGGUUAGCAUGCUAGUGCAACACAGUGACCCAGGAGAUUCUGAACAGUGCAGCUGCUGUGAGUUCAUUCCAGCUCAUGCUGGCUCUCGAUCCGGUCCUAUGUGGGAAGGUCUGCCAUCAACCUGUAAAUAGUUGUGGGUUUCCCCCUAGGCUCUGCCCAGUUUCCUCCUUCCAAAUCAACAAAUAAAUAAUCAUAGUUUUAAUAUUUUAAAUGUCUUGGAAUCAUUCUUCCCAUUGCUCAUUUCUUACUGAAUGACUGAUUUUAGUGACAGUAUAAUUCAUGUUGCAAUAUUCAUCUAAGAACAGUUUAGACUUCAGAUGUUUCCAAACAAGGUAUGAUGUAUGGAUGUGUCAUUCAUCUGUUGUUUUGUAAAGAAAUCUCCUGCGAGCAAGUAACACAUGCAUGUUUGUAUAUAGGUCAUCAAUAGAGACAUCCUCACACAUAAAGGUGUGAGCCUGCAGCUGUACAUAUCUAUCAACAUAAAAGGGCAUACAUUUCAAGUACUUGUGAUUUUAAACAUUUUUAGUUAUUUUUUCCCCAUCUUUUCUAUUCGUAUACAUUCAUGCAUAAGAUAUUCAUUUACAGGCUUGAAACAAGCAGGAAAAAACAUUGUCAUGUUUUUAUCAUUUCACCACUUUCUUUUGUACAAAAUACCUGUUUCAGAGAUCGUCAUUGGAUGCCAUAAGUAAUAAUUUUUUAAACCUUUUUUUUUUUUUGCGAUCUUGACUGAUUUUGUAUAAAGUCUUUGCUUGAUAGUUUUGGAGAUCUGUCUCAAAGUGAUAGUAAUCUUUACAUGUCUGUCGGUACUUUAUAUGUUCCUGAAGUGAUAAGCUCAGACAAGGCAUGAAGACCUUGAGAGAUAUUUAACAGCUGGAAAUUGCAUAAUUAUUUAAUAAAUUUUGGCCGCUUAGUUAGCACAAAGCUAGCUCAGCAGAAAUACUUAAGAGCCAGUCACCAGUGUGGUCACUGUGAGUUUAAGUCAGGCUUAGGUUGUAUGUGGAAAGGUUUGGCACAAACCUAUGAACAUUCAUGGGUUUCCACCUGGGCUCUGCAGGCUGCUAUCGUAUAAAUAGAAUACAUGUGUUUUUAUGAGUAUGAUGUAACAUCAUAUUUGAGUAACACCAUUCAUGCAAAAAAAUGAAUAAAUUAUUUUUAAAAAAAAAUUUCGGAUAGACGUUGAAAGCUGCUACCAUGUGUAAUUAGAAGAGUUUUUCAGAAGUGUAAUCAAAAGGUGCUUGAUGCAAAAAUUUGUAUUCAUUUACAGCAUGAAUUAACACUGGUAGAAAAAGCAAUUGUACUAUGAUUUCAUGUACAGAACAACAUUUGUCUCUAUAGCAAAUCACUAUUAUUUGAUUAUAAUUUUCAUCUCAUGUAAGCUAAGCACAUUUCUUAUAGCUGUUGUUAAAAUUCCGUCCUGUGUUCAGAUACUGAUGUAUAUACAUACGU